AUGAUGACCUCUGAAAAUGCCACAGUAACUGGGACGGAGAGUGUGGCAGAUAUUUCUCCAACCAUCAGACGUUCUACACUUUCACAUGUCAAUGGUGCACACGGGAAGAAGAGGGUCAACAUCAGCAUCGCGGAUUUCCCAAAACCUCUCACACAACAACAUACGUCCGAUUCACUUCGAAAAUAUACACAAAAGAAGUAUAGACAUGUCGCUGCUGUUCAUUCUCAACCUCGAACAUCAUGUCUUAGCCAUGAAAGCGAUGCGGCACCUAGCUUUCUUGGAUUCAGAAAUUUGAUGGUGCUUGUUUUACUAAUCUCAAAUCUGCGAUUGAUGUUGGAAAAUAUUCGAAAGUAUGGAGUUUUGAUAUGUUUAAGAUGUCACGAUUAUCGCAGACAAGAUCUCAUUCUAGGGGCUGCUCUUUACUUUAUAAUUCCAUGCCAUCUUUUUGUCGCCUACGUUGUCGAACUCGCCGCCGCGCAACAAGCAAGAGCUUCACUAAAGGGAAGCAAAAAGAGAGCUGGAACAGCGACGCCAGGUGGUAGCUAUAUUGCUACCCAGGCCGAACAUGAGAAGUUCCAUUCAACUUGGAAAGUAAUAGCUUGGAUACACGGACUGAACAUAACGCUCUGUUUACUCAUCACAUCCAUGAUUGUCUACUUCUUCAUACAUCAUCCCCUUAUAGGCACAAUAACCGAGGCACACGCAAUCGUUGUCUGGUUGAAAACGUAUAGUUAUGCAUUCACCUGCCGCGAUCUUCGACAUGCUUAUCUCCACCCCUCUAGUAAAGAGGAAGAUGCAUUGCCAGAAAUAUACAACAAAUGUCCUUACCCACAGAAUAUCACGCUGAAGAACUUGACAUACUUUUGGUGGGUUCCAACAUUGGUUUACCAACCCGUUUAUCCUCGGACAAACAAGAUUAGAUGGGUUUUUGUAGGUAAGAGGUUGGCAGAAGUUUUUGGUCUGAGUAUUUUCAUAUGGGUUGCUAGCGCACAGUAUGCAGCCCCUGUUCUUCAGAACUCCUUAGAUAAGAUGGCAUCUCUAGAUCUUCCUUCUAUCCUCGAACGAUUGAUGAAGUUGUCUACGAUUUCUCUGGUCAUAUGGCUAGCAGGAUUCUUCGCAUUAUUCCAAUCUUUUUUGAACGUUCUUGCAGAGGUCACAACAUUUGGGGAUAGGAACUUCUAUGAUGAUUGGUGGAACUCGCCCAGCGUGGGAACAUAUUGGAGAACUUGGAACAAGCCUGUUUAUCAAUUCAUGAAACGACAUGUUUUCUCACCCCUCGUAGGCAGAGGCUGGAGUCCAUACUCAGCGAGUGUUGCGGUAUUUACAUUCUCCGCUAUUCUCCAUGAAUUGAUGGUGGGCGUACCGACACAUAACAUGAUUGGCGUUGCAUUCAUUGGCAUGAUGGCACAGCUACCACUCAUUGCUAUCACGACCCCGUUGGAGAAAAUGAACGGCAUAAAUGGCAAGAUUAUAGGAAACUGCAUCUUUUGGGUAUCUUUCACCCUGGUUGGACAACCCCUUGCUGCAUUACUUUACUUCUUCGCAUGGCAAGCUAAAUACGGGAGUGUUAGCAAGCAGGUCAAAUAA